CCUUGUACUGUCUGGCAACCGGCAGAGAGCACGCGUAAGUUCGCUCGCUGGAUGGUGUCGAUAUGAUAGAGUCAUGGCGCUCUACGGCAAAUCCACAAUGGAUAAACUCAUAGGAAGCGAUCAUUUCUCAUUAUCGGAUCUUGUGAAAAGUUUUAACAAUGCCAUAAAUGAAGAACAGGCAUGGGCAGUGUGUUUCCAGUGUGCCCAAUUCUUUCUCAGGGGGCAACCCCAAGAAACGUACCAGGAUUUGUACAUGUUUGGGAGCCAAGCAUUGCGACUUUCAAAAGAUGGUGAAGUUUUCAUUGAUUGUCAGUCAUUAACAAGCAAAGGAUCGGGUAAAGGCCCACCUGACAAUCGGAAUUCAUUAUUCAACAAGGGCAGUCGAAUAGCAAAGGAAAAAGAUGCUGUCCAGGCUCUUGGGCUUGCCAUUUACCAUGCAAUGGAUUAUGGGAUGGGAGAGACGGAAGAGAGACAACUUUCGCCCGAUCUGGAAGACCUCAUCGGUCACAUGAAUCGAGGAAGAUGCUGAAGACGAUGACUCCAUCGUGUGCUGAUGAUGAUAGCACAGGUAGAAUCGAACAGUAAAGAUGCUGAGGACGAAGAAGACAGACAUCGGUGCUAGGGAAAGCAUGGCUACUGCUUCUUUGAUAUUGCACAGUGUUGCAUUCGUCACUUAUCUUCCUGGCAAGACCCACACCAUCAUUACAAGGCUGUCUGUCGUGCAGUGGUGACAGAGGCCCAAGAGCUCAUCACAUUCCUAGAUAAAAUAUCAUCAGAUCAGAAGAACCUUGCGAAGAAGAAGGGGGCCCCUGAUGUUGACACUGUUGACGAACUGCAGAGAUCUGAUUGGGUGAGU